AUGUCCUUUGCCAGCGCCCUCUCCGACCUGUUCAGCUGCGGACGGUCGAGAAAGCAGCGCGAAGCCGAGAGCGGAACGCUGGAGCACGACGACAACGCCGCUGCGUCCGAGCCUACCGCCCACCAAGCACCAGCUACACCCGCCGCACCACCCGUUGAAGAAAAAACAAGUCUCAAGCUCGACGACCACGCGCUACCUGCGCAAGAAGAUGCCAGCCGCAUUCCCUACACCGCGCUCCCGGACAUCCGGCCCACCACGGCAACAAACUGGAUUGGCGACUUUGCAGAAGACCGGGAGGUCGAGCUAUCGGUAGUGCCGGAGAAGGCGAAGCCCAGCGCCGGAUGGGUCGUCGAGAAGAGGGUGCUCGUCACUGCAAAGUCUUCGUCUACCACCAAAGACACAGACGAGGCCAAAACAUCCGUGCCCCAACCAGAACCAGAGACUACCUACGUCGCCCCGCCUGUUCGCUGCCCCACGCCCGAGCAAGAGCCCUGGAACUCUACGCCAGCCGCUCGCUCGCCCACCCCCGAGCCUGUGUCUCAGCCUCAGCCCGAGGUACGCAGUGUGUCGCCGGUUGCUCGUGUCGCCACGCCCGAGCUCGAGUCUGAGCUCGAGGUACGUAGCGUGUCGCCAGUUGCCCGUGCCGCCACCCCCGAGGCCAAGCUGGAGCCGGAGCUUGAGGCCCAGUUUCUGGCGGACCCGUUUGAGUUUGCGCCUUUCUGGAGCGAUGAGACCGCGCUGGAGCUCGAGGUCAAGCAAUUCACCAUGCCUGCCGAGGACAAGGUCGUUGAGCCUGUUGCUGAACCCGAGAUUGUUGAGCCUACAGUUACUGAGACCGUAGUCGUUGAGCCCGUUGCUGAGCCUACAGUCGUUGAGCCCACAGUCGCCGAGCCAGUCGUUGAGCCUACCGUCGUUGAGCCCACUGUUGUUGAGCCCCAAAUCGUAGCGCCUGUCAUCUUGGCUCCCAAGAAGACUACACCACCACCAACUCUUCUUAACAUGCCUCCCGAGGUACGAAACAAGAUUUACGAAAAAAUGAGCGAGGAGGGACCCAUCCGAAUGUGCCGCCAUGACGACCCUGCGUUGGUGCUCCGUGAUGGUGAAUCUGCACGUGCUCCCAAGCGUCAGUUUUACAACUUCACCCAGGUGUGCCGGGCCAUCCGGAAUGAGUUCUUGCCCGUGUACGCGCGCAAGACACAAUACAUCAUCGACCUAUGGGGCCAGAAGUCGAACCUGGACAAGGUGGAGAAUCUCAAGGGUGAGGUCCACAUGGACAUUGACGCCGCUUGCUUCGACAUGGAGCCCAUUGAUUUGCUGCCAUUGCUUCGCAGCCUUAACCGCACCGGCCGGACCGACUACCGCUUUACAUCGACCGAGGGCGUGGUCUUCAGGAGCAUUUCCGAAAUCGUCGGUGAGCUGAACAAGCUCCUCCCCGCCACCAACGGCAGCAACAAGAACUGGCUUGCUGCUGUUGACGGACCGAUGAAGAGGAUCGAUCUCCAUCUCUUCCCCCACGACGACAUUCGCCAGUACUACCGAUUCCGGGGUGCCGAGCCGCUGGUCCGCGUAGUGUACCCAUCGGCCAAGAGCGAGGAAUGGAUGAAGCAGGCUUCAAAAUCCGCAGAAUACGAGGCGUACCUGCGCAAAACGGGCCUCGAAAAGUUCCAAAUGCACGUCGUCAUUGGCCAUGCCUCUCGACGAACCAUCAACGAGGGUCGUCUGCCGCUGGACUGGCGAAUGAGCUACCAGCUCCCCCGACCAUCCACCGACCGCACCCCUCGCAUCUCCAUGGACAUUGCCGCAGCCCGCAUGUCCAUUGACCGAUCUGCUCUCAACUAAAGCUUUUCGACGACACGAAAAAAAAACAUGCCCUUGGAGUGGGACGUAACCUUUUUCUUUUCUCUCCUUCUGAUGAUUAAGACUUUUAUGUAUGAGUCAAGGACACCAAAUGUGCGCCUUGUGGGGAUACGAAGGCGUCGGGUGCUUAAACAAACGCCCUCAGUAACUUGUAAUGUACUAUAGGGAGCGUUGCUACGGCGCGCAUUGUUUCAGAUACCUUUGUUUUUUUUGCGGCGGAUUACCCUUUUUAGGCGAGUUCCUAUUAUGGCUGAUGACGAGUCGUCUGCAGCCGUUGUAGGCGGCCUCAUUUGCAUCUCAUCCUAUUUAAUCCUUGUCUACAAC